AGCUGCACGGACAUAUCGCUCAAUCUCCCAGCUGUUUUGCAAAGCAGUAACGAGGAUAGCGGAGCUUCAGUGGCUGAUUUAUUCCUCCGAUGAAGACGAAUACCGAAAUAAUAAAGAUCCGUUUGAAGAUGGUUUAAUGUGCAUGCACUGGACAAGCCAAUUUCCCUACUGUGACUUUUCCUGCAAGGAGGAACAAUACAAACUACAACAGCACAGUUUGAGACGAUUUCAAGAUGUUUUUGUAUUUGGCUUCCAUCAUCUCUCUUUUGGCUGGCAUCAUUCCAGCUGCCCACGGUGGGAAGGUUCUGGUAUUUCCACAUGACGGCAGCCACUGGGUGAACAUGAGGGUACUUGUUGAGGAGCUGCAUUCAAGGGGCCACACUGUGACUGUCAUUCGACCUGCAGACAGCUGGUACAUCAGUGAAACGUCUCCACAUUACAACACUGUCACAGUGGGUAUUGCCGGCGGUGCAAAUGAGGACUUUUUUCGUCUCUUUGUCGCUGAAGUUAUUAAGAUUAAACGAAGCAAGGCAUCAGCGUGGGCCCGUUUUGCUUUAGACAUGGAGUUAAAGGACAAGUUCUUUGAAUUACACAAGAAAGUCUGUGAAGUGGUUACGUACCUAUUUGAAAAUAAAGAGUUGAUGAAGUCCUUUCAAGAUACCAAGUAUGAUGCGGUUUUGACGGAUCCUGCUAACGGAGGAGGAGUAAUGCUGGCUCACUAUCUCGGACUGCCAUUAAUGUUUAAUGCUCGAUGGACUGUUCAUGGUGAAGCCCAUUUUGCUAUUGCACCCUCUCCCCUUUCCUACGUCCCACUUCCACCUUCAGAAUUAACAGAUCAAAUGACUUUAUUUCAGAGGGUGAAAAACGUUGUUUUUUACACCAUGAGGAUGCAUCUGUACAAGCAGAUAGUUAGCCCACAUUAUUCUGCAUUGUCCAGGCGCUACUUUGGUCCAGAUGUAGACUACUUCUCCCUGUUUCAAGCAGCAGACCUGUGGCUGAUGAGAGUGGACUUUGUGUUUGAGUUCCCUCGUCCCACCAUGCCUAAUGUUGUCUAUAUGGGAGGGUUCCAGUGUAAACCUGCAAAACCACUUCCUGAACACUUGGAGGAGUUUGUGCAGAGCUCUGGAGAGCACGGAGUCACCAUCAUGUCUCUAGGAACUUUGAUUGGAGAGCUUCCCCAUGACCUAGCUGAUGAGAUUGCUGCAGCUUUUGCUAAAUUACCCCAGAAAGUCAUCUGGAGAUAUAAAGGUGACAGACCAGCGACUCUGGGCAACAACACUUUACUAGUAGACUGGAUGCCACAGAAUGACCUCCUGGGACAUAGAAAUAUGAAACUGUUUGUAAAUCAUGGAGGAACAAAUGGAAUAUAUGAGGCCAUAUAUCAUGGAGUGCCAAUUGUAGGAAUUCCCAUUGUGUUCGAUCAAGCCGACAACCUCUCCAGACUAAGAGCAAAGGGAGUUGCAGUGGUUAUGGAUGUUUCUGAAUUGGACAGGAAAACAUUUCGGAAUGCCGUACAGGAAGUCCUGAUUGAGCCCUCCUACAAGAUGAACAUGCAGAGGCUCUCCAGGCUGCACAGAGAUCAGCCAAUGAAGCCGCUGGAUACCGCUCUCUUCUGGAUGGAGUUUGUCAUGAGACACAAAGGUGCAGCUCACCUGAGAACAGAGUCCUACAGAAUGCCCUGGUACUCCUACCACUCUGUUGAUGUGAUGCUGUUGUUACUAACAGUUGCACUAUUUGUUUUGUUAAUUGUUGCUGGGUUAGUAUGGUCAUGCUUUAGAUUGUGUUGUAAAAGAAAAGUCAAAUCUGACUAAACAGGAAAAAAGGAAUGAUCAUUUUCACAUUAGUUCAUAUUUUGCUAUGUGACAGCUAAUACAGCUGUGAUCAGUUGAAUAUUGAAAGGAAUAGAUGUUUUCCCUGAAAUGUUACUCAAAGUUUCGAAAAGAAAUGUGUACAGUAAAGAAAUUAAAUGUCAUAACCAGUUUGACAGGCAACUUGCAAGAGCAAAGUCUGUGUGAUUACAAGUCAUUUUUGUUGAUAUGUAAGCACCUGUGUACACAUUUACUUGUGUUUCUAACAAAGUGAAAGUCUGAGAACCCACAGCAAAUGCAAACUACCAUUGACGAGUACAGUAGCUGGAUGGCAUGAACCAAGUUACAAAUUCCAACUCUUCUAUACUCUGUUUUACUGUGUACUACAUUAUGCUAAAAUCACAU